AUGGACGCGAGAGAGGAAGAUGAACUUACUAUUCAGAUUCCGCCUCAUGACGGACCCCAAUCGGAGAGAACGCGAGGCACUUUCGGCGGACGACAACGUUGGCUAUCAGGAAAUGCAACCGAUACCAAGGUGGGAUCAGAUGCUAAGGCAACGGAGUCGAUGCUAUCGCCUCGGCGUGGACUGAACAAAAUGAAGGUGUCCGCGCCAUCAGUGCAGCCGUACCUCUCAUCGCUUGGCAUCACGGUCGGGGAUGAGACGCAAAUUGUUGAGAAAGAAGUGGAUGAGAUUGCUGGUCUGCGUCGUGAGCACGAUACAGUUAAGAAUGUAAACUGGCGCAAGGAGCUAGAGAUCAAGAGACUUGAAGAGGAGAUCGAAAAUAUGACGAUGACUCUGCACGGUCGAAUGGCCGACAAUUCCCAAAUCAAAUCUCAAAUGACAAAUAUUGAGAACAAGUCAUCGCUCUACGAGUCCAAGCUAGAUGAGGAAUUAAAGGAUCGAGGCGUGUACAACCACAUGAUUCAGCGUUUGAGUCGAGAAGCUUUGGACGCCAAGAAAGCGACUCUGGCGAAGGAGAAAGCACUGCAAUCUCUUCAACAAGAGCUCUCCAGCGCAAUGACAGGCUUGUUGGCAGCACGUCAAGAGAAAUCAGCAGCCGAAAGUGGCCACAAGAAGCUGUACACAGAGUGGUGGGAGAAAAAACAGGCCAACAUUCGUGCACUCGACGACUUGCAGCAUGCUGUAGAACAAACCCGUCUGAAGUCCGAUAUCCUUGAAGCGCGCGAAGUUUCACGCAAGAACAAUGUUCAGACCGCGUUAGGCCAACUCAAGCAGAAAGAGUCACGUCGUCUUCGUCGCGAAUCAUCGGCACAAAUGACGCACUUUUUCGAGAUUCAGGAAGAACUUUCAGACACGGAUCGGAAGCUGAUUAGCGUCGAGGCUGAGUUGAAGCAUAUCAUCGAAGCUGCUGGAACCAACGAAGUGGACAAGAUCAUCGCCAAGUAUGUUGGACGUGACGAUACUUUGCGUGCUCUAAAAGAAGAACACACGAUCAGCGAUGCACGAAUGCGUAAGCUACGAGAACGCCACAAGCAGUUGAACGAGUCAUUGAGUCACUUGCGAAGCGCAGCAGCCAACUCCCGUACGAUUUACCAAGAAAUGGAUCAGACAUCGGAUCGCCUGAAGGAGACGGAGAAAGAAGCCGCAGUGCUGGCCGACAAGUGCAACCGCGCUAAUGUCCUCAUGGACGCUUUUCGUGCGUGUAUGCUGAAGUGUCUUACCAAGCUCAGCACGGUGCACGGAUCUCUGGAUUACGACGACCAGCACGAACUCAGUCGAGCAAUAGAGACGCCCACGCCGGAUUUACUGCACAUCAUAGAGCAGAAGCUUAACCGCGUCUUGGAUGUCAUCAAUCGCGAAAAAGCCGAGCGUGAGCUGCAUCGAUCCGAGACGACGACAAACCCCAACAGUUCCGGAUCAGGGUCUGUACUCACUGGCGGCGCUCCAACCACAGACGAUAAGCCUGGAGUUCACCAGAACUCUGUGCGUGCUCCUGCAUCCUCCGAGACAGAAAUGCAUUUCAUCUUGCGUAUGGCGUCAACCACUGCGUCACCAGCCAAUGUUCGUGUACGUCCCAAGUCACGAUCGAGCGUCGUCAGAUCCUCAUUUCUUUUGCUUCCCGGGGAGGAGCCGAAAGUUUCUUCGGUUCGACGUGCUGGCCAUACUUCUGGACACGACGGUACUUACAAUAACGAUGAGGCUGGAGACAUCACCAACGCAGGGGCAGCUGGAGACUUAGCGGACGAGGAAACCGUGAUUGACCGCCAAAUGCGAAAGAAAUUGGUGGGUCUCAUCGUGAAUCGGGGCAAGCGCGGGAAAAAAUCGUCGAACCAGCCUCAAACGAGUCCUCAACAUUAG